UAGAGGAAGAUGAGUAAGACCUGAUUACUUCCUGGAUGUUGGCAUGCACUAGCUGUUCCAAGUAUGCACGCAUAUGUUAUGUAUGACUUAUCUUUGGCUUUGGUUGUAGGUCUUUCAGGUUGCAGCCUAUGAAGAAGAGGCACGAAUAGCAUUUGCAGUGCUGGAUGCGGUUGAAGGCAAAACUGAUGAUGCCUUCCUAGCAUUUGAAGCUAUCAAGAAUGUGAUUUCAUACUGGAAUCUUGCCGAGCUUUGCCAAAGAAAGGCAGAGGAGAUUGUGAAUGGUGAUGUUUUGCCAGAAGAACAAGGAGAACACAAAACCUAUCUUCUUAAAAGAAAGCACUACCUAACGAAGAUCAUUGAUGAGUUCUCCUCAGAUCUGUCAGUAGCUGACAAACUGCCAGUGUCUAUUGAAACUUUAACAGAAAUGCUGAACGCAGUGAUCCAGGAACUUGGAGAAUUUGAAGAGAAGGAAGAGGGGGAUCUUUCCUCCAGAAAGAUCUCUCAAGCUGCAGGUUCAGGAGUAAAACAUUCCAUUCCAUUUCCUAAGAAGUUAUUGUUCUCACCAACUGACAGCUACAAGUUUUCUCCUAAAACUCUCCCUCAGUGGGCAGAAGAUGCCCAGUCUUUACUUCAGAUACUCUGUCAGCAAGUGGAGGCUUUAAAGAAUGACAUUCAGGAAAUGAAAUGUAAUAACUCCAGUGUGAGUGUAUCAUCUCAUCGAUGGCCUGCUAAAAGCCGUGGAACAGAUGGUUCUGAUGGUUCUCAGCGAGCACAAAAUCUUCAGGAAGCUCCCUUAACAGAGAUGACAACUGCGCCAUCAGACGAUCCACCAUCUGAUGAUGUUAUAAUUGCUGACGAGCUAACACCUACCUCAGAGCAGAAAGCUCUUGCUGGUUUUCUGAAUCUGCCUUCAACAUUCUUCUGUAAUAAGAAUAAGCCCGGAUACAUACCCAAAGAGGAUGAUGGCGUCACAGGCGAGACUGAAUUGGAAAGUGGAAGUACUGCUACUUUGGAAAACCAACCAGCUCCUGGGGAGAAAAAGACAGGCCAGCCUCUGCAGGUUCCUUCUGCAUCUCCCUGGAGCUCUGGCAGCAGUGCUGAAGAUGAGGGUCCAGAAGACACUCGGGCAGAAGUUACAAUUCAAAACAUGAAACUCCAGGAAAGAGAAGACGCUCUAAGGGAGCGAGAAGCCUGCCUGGAUAAACUAAAAGAGAAGGAUGCAGAAGUGCAAGCGCUAGAAACGUCACUGAGGGAGAUCUCCAAAUGUCGGGACGACCUCAGAGAAGCAAAUGAAUCCUUGAGAAAACAGUUAAAUGAUGAGAUUGUUCAGAAGAAGUACUUGAAUGAACAAAUAAGGACAGGAGAAGCUCGUUUCAGCUAUCUGGAAUGGAAACAUCAGUUUAUAAUGGCAGAGAUGUAUAAGGAUACCCGUGAAGUGGCACAACAGACGACACCUUUCAUGCAGGAAGAAGUGAGGGCAGCAUCAAAAGGGGAUAAGCUACCACCGAACUCUGAAGUUUAUGGGCUCCUGACUGUUCUUAUGGAUUGGAUCUCAGAUGAGCACCUUAGCAAACUCCAGAGACAAGAAGAAAGAAAGGGCGCUCAGAAACCUCAGUCUAGCGAAAGAACCUACAUCCAGGAGAAGUGUUUGAAGCUUCUGCCUAUGGCUGCGGAGCAGCUGCAGUGGAUGCCGUUUGUGAAUCCUAAACUACACAUGCCCCUGAUUAGGCUGAUAUACUGGUGUGUAAGACAGCUAGAGAAUGAUAUUAAGGACCCAACAAUGGCAGAAACGAUGACAACACUUGCUGAAGGUAUUUUCAUAGGCAUAAGAAGUAAUGGAGGUGUGCAUGGAUCUUCCAGCUGCUGCGCAAAGAGCGGAUCCAAAUCAGCGCUCUUCUUUACAAGUCCAUUUAUGCCUAUGAGGUUUCUGUCAACCAUGAUUGUGCUUACAAUAGAGACACGAGUGAAUUACCUGGAGCAGGCAUUUCAUUCCCUUAGCAGGGACUUGAGGGUUGCUGAAGGAAAGACCUUAUUUCUGAGAUAUCAGUGCAUGCCUGUCUUGUUACAUCAUCUAAAUACAGCCAAUAAGCAACAGCUAUCCAGUACUCUUGAUGGCUUACAUCAGAUGGCCACAGAAUCUGGUUCCUUACAGUCCUUCCUGGCAGCCUGCAGUAACCAGUCCUUUUUCCGUCACUGCUCUGCCUUGUUUCAUAACUGCAGGCUAGACACUCCAAACAUGGAGAAGCUCCUGGGUGUACUGCAGCACCUCUCUGCUAUAAGGAGCGAUAAGGAGAUGUUCGAAUUGCUUCCACUCAGAGAACUGAUUGAAGAUCUUCAGAAGGUGACAGACCCAGUUAACGCUUCCAUCUGGACCAAGCUAAAUUCCAUUCUGUCAAAUCUGGGAGCAGAGCAGAGUAGCACUCAUGCUGCUCCUGCAGACACAGCUCACUAGCCAUACUUAGCAUGUAUAACUGUAUAGAUACAGUAGUGCUUAGCAGUAAAGCAGACUAAUAGCUUUGAACCACAUU